AUGGUUCAUUACUUUGGUGAUCCAAACGCUCAGCCUCCCACCCCAAAGCAAACCCCGACCUCCACUGGGUUUCCAAGUUCUGUGUUCGAAACCCCCAAGAAUAACCGAGCUUCUUUCGACGAUUCGUCUGGGUGGACUCCUCAGUUCGCUGAAGAGUAUUCCGUCUUCAAUUCCACUCCGGGUAACCUAAAACCUUCCCACAUCUCCUUUGCCGACUACUCUGUUCCCACGCCAUACCAAGCUUCAAACCAUAAGAGACUUCUAUCUGCUGAUAGUAUUGUUGCCGAAAUUGCAACCCAUGCUCCCCACUUUUCGCCGAAUCCAAAUCUACCUCUACCGCCUGUUGACCCGUCUAAACGGUUGUCGUCAUCUCCGAACUCCUUAGCUGCCGGCUUUAGCCCAACCGAGGCCGGCUUCCAGUCUCGUUCGCAACAUCUAUCUAAAAAGGGCUACCGGGGCGGAGCACAAGAGACACAGGGGCAAACCGCUACACCGCCGCCGUCUACUCACAAAGGAAGACAGCGGCUUGCCCCUAAGCUACGGACGAGCAAUAUGCAAAAUGACGGAUUUGAACACGAGUUCGUAGCUGGCAUGUCGCAGCAAAUGCCCAACUUUAUCUCAACCCCCACGGACCUUUUUAGCUAUCCAAUGUCAGCCCCGGCUGCGGCCUCUGGUUAUGGAGAUUCGCGCAUGUUCUGGGAUACCGAUAUGGGUGGAAUGGAUAUCGACUUCUCCGUUGCUAGCGGGGAGAUGUUCCCAGCUUCCGGUCACCGGCCUAUGAACUCUUUAGACUGGGGCAAGUCGAACGAGAUGUUCCAAGAAACAGGCAUUGUUCCAUCCCACGGCCAAGAAAGUAACCCACCCGCGAAAAAGGAACGAGCACUUGCGCCAAAACCUCCACAGCCGCCUUUAGACACAAGUGUCGCCGAUACGUCAAUGUUCGGUCAGUCCUUUGCUACAUCGACAGACGAAUCUUUUGCUAUGAUGAACCAGAGUGGUUCCGUGGAUCCCGGCCUCCUAUUUACCAGGCCACCAUCUUCAAGUAUGGAGCCUGCUUCCUUCAACCCCCUAUCACAGCCUGCCUUGAUGCAGCCCUUUUCUCAACCGGAACCUAUCAUAUUGGCUGCGAAGGCACCGAAGCGUGGUGGGGUUCGUCGUUCAACUAGCAACAAAGAGAUAAACGCCGCCAAGAAGAUAAAUCGAGCAUCCGCCAGCUCACCGGUCAAAUCAUCAGCCGAUCGCCCCGGAUUGUCGCGUAGUCUCAGCGAGAAAAUAAGUCGAAAACCUAUUAGCAAGGCAACCAGUCUACCUAAUUUCGCACCAGCUACACGGCCCGUACCACAGAGCGUCGGUAGACCGGCACCUCCGGGGCCUAGGGCAAGUGGGAGUGGAAGAAUAUCACCAUUGAAGAAUCAUCAACAACGACUAUCGAGUUUAAGCUCUAUUCCCGAAUCACCAGCCCCAAGGACGCAAACUUCGGUCAAAUUCACAAUCGAUUCAAGGGGCCGGGCUCGCGCUGAAACAACAACGGUAAUCAUAAACGAUGAGGACACAAUUCCGAAGGCGGCGCGCAGUCGGAAGGGCAAACGUAGCCAAGGGAGAAGCUGGGCGUCUUCCGAAGACGAUGAUUCCUCAACGGAUGAUGAACCCAUAAUUAUUCCUAGCCGGAAUACCUCGUUUGCUCUUCCGGAAUCACGACAACCGGCGCCCCUCCCCUAUCAUUCCUCUCGGCGGAGUGUUAGCGAUCAGAGUACGAGUAGUCUCGGAAUAUAUUAUAACGAACCUGAUGCCGUCGAUGAUGCCGAGAGCGAGGCUGAGACGGUGAUGAAUGUACCCGGCGGUAAUCAUUACGGCGACGCUACGAGCGAGUUACGUAAAGUUAUCGAGGAUCGCCAGAAGAGGGCGUCCAACAUAAAUGAGAAUUUUAUACCCCGACCAGCGCCAAGAUUAACUCCUUCUCCUAUAAAGGCUAGUCAACUUCGUACCCAGUCCGUCGACCGAGGGCAUCGAAUUCGAUGUGUUUGCAACACAGCUAGUAACCACAUCAAUGGCAAUAGCUAUAUGGUUCAAUGUGAAUCAUGUGAGAUGUGGCUUCACGGCAAAUGCAUCAACAUCACUCGUCAGACCCAUCCUAGCGUGUAUAUAUGUGCGUUCUGCGCGAAUACGCCGAACGCCCACGGAAUGCGAGGUCGGGAAAUACGCAGAAAUUUAGGGGCCACAAACCCUCGAGUGCCUGCUGCGUCUCCAUUAGCGCACAAGUCGUUCAAAUCAUUCAGAUGACAGCACGUGGUGUCCAAUGCGAGGCGCAUUGCUUGACGCAUUACUUGAUACGUUAUUCUAUAAUGGGGAUAUGUGUAAUUGGCGCUUAUUGGGUAUAGACGGGAUAUAGAAUGGUGCUACAAUAUCUGAGCUAGGGGACCUUUUACGUUGACGCGAUACCCUGAUCUAUCCUAUCUAUCCUAUGUAGAUGAUGAGUAGCAAUAAGAAGCGAUGCUUUGUGAAGGCCAGGUGGCAAGGGGGUAUCGAUCUGAUGUGUUAAUGGCUUUACGAUCUAUCAUUUACAUACCUAGGUACCUACCUAAUGCAUACGAACACCAAGGGAUAAUUGAACUAUGCGAGUUCGUGGGUAGGGGCAAUAUAAUUAUAUGAAUGCCUAACAAAUGGGAAAUAGACGAUUUUUAUACGUUGUCCACGAAUACUACGGUGUAUUUAUAUAUACCUCCUAUAUUGAGUGGGGGGAUACCAAGCAAGACAUAAUAAAAGCUGCAUGCAUUAGGUAGCCACUUACAUAUGUGCAUAAGGCAUAAUGCAUAAGGCAAUGAAACCCUUAGUAUUGGGUAUCAAGUUGGUAAACGGGUUCGAUUAUAGUGAAGCUUCCAAUUGAUCGUACUAUGUAGGUAGGUACCUAUGAAAAGAUUCCGGGAGACAAAGGGCAAGAGCUAUUCAAUAUCUUACGCCGAUCUCGGCAACCGCGGGGUGGGUUCGGAGACCCAAGCAAU